UCUGAGACGUGGCCCGGAUUCCUAUUAACGAAACAUCGUCAAAACUUUUCUAUCGUGAUCAUAUUUAAACAGUUGGUCGUUUCAUAUUUAAACAGUUGAUCAGGCAGAGAAUCGUCGAGCUUUUAAUUAUUUAAUUUAUAUAAAAAAUCCGUAGACUAUACUCUUCCAAGAAUUUAUUUCUUCAAUCUGUUAUUAUGAAUUUCGGCAUAAGGUAUCUUCGAAAAAUUCGAAGGAACAUUUACAUGUGUUAGUAAAUCCCAAGAAGGUCUAUGAACUCCACCUGUCCUAGCGUACAUAGAGGUUAAGUUUCUCUCGUCUCUCCCAGUCUUUCUGUUUGUCUUAAGAAUGUCAGACGACGAGAAACCAGAAGUUUCUACGAAAGACACGCGAAUUCCGUGUAGAUACGGGGCUAAAUGUUAUCAGAAGAAUCCGGUUCAUCAUCAGAAGUAUAAACAUCUUCCAGCAACAAACGCGAAAAUCGGGAGAGGCGCGAAACGUACGGUGUUGAAUAAGAAAAGGAAAAAGACGAGCAAAGAUCGAACGGAGAACGAGUCUCCGCAGAAGAAAGUACAGAAAACAGAGAAUGGAACGGACGACGAGGCAGAAAGUGUUCCGGUCGUAAAUAAUAUUGACGAGAACAAUGACGUCGAGGAAUCGAAAAGUUCCGAAUCCGAGGAGCACGAAAUUAAAGAUUCGAGCGAGCUGGUCACCGUCUCGUCAUUAUUAGGUGACGUCGCCAUUGAAUCCGAUAAAAUAUCUCUGGCCGAAGCGCAGCCAGUUAUUUCUCAUUUAUUCCUCGUCCAAAUGCCAGACGAUUUCUUUCAAUUUUACGAGUUCUGUCAGAGUAUCUCGGAGAAGAAUCCUCUGAACGUAUUGAAUGAUUUUCACUUGCAAUUAGUGGGACCGUUCGACGUGUUCAGAGAAACGUUCUUAGAGGCCAAAGUAGAGGAUAAGCAGGCAUUGUUAAGGCACUGGAGGUAUUACUAUGACCCUCCAGAGUUUCAAACCAUUAUCAGAGAUAAUGGCAAGGACGGUUUGCAUUACGGGUACUGGAGGGAUGAUAGUUCUGAGAAGCCUGUAUUCGUAGCAAAGAACAAGGCGGCCAUAAAUUGCACCAUCGAAUCUGUAGCAGAGAACAUAUUUGGUACGCUGAAUGAGCACAUCGGAGACAAAUUAAAGUUAGCUUCCCCGUUCGAGAAACCUCGCAUUUCAAAAUUCUUACAAAGAUUAAAGAACUUCGCUAAGGAAAAGAAUAUCAGUUUGGAGAAAAAGACCGCCGGUAUGCAGGCUAGGGAAAAGAAGGUCGUCGCGAGAACUUUCCACAAAGGUGGUAUCGUGGUCCCUUACGAUAAAAAGACUCAGUUAGGGUACAGGGACCUGACCGUGACCGACAACGAGUUACAGAAACUUUUGAAACAGAUCGAACAUCCUCCUACGCCGGAGGCUAGGAAAACGCCGAUUUCCAAAUUGGAAGAAGUGAUCAGAUUAGCAACCAUCGCCGCCGACGAAUGCGACUUCGGCACCGUUUUAGAACUCGGUCACGAUCUCUUUUCCAGCGGCGUUUCUCACGUUCAAACGAGAGCUCUAAAUUUACUUUCCCUCGCCUACGGUCUCCUACAAAGACCGGAAUUCCAGGAGAUCGCCAGGGCCCAUUUAAAGAAUCGUCGUAAAAGUUUGGAACCGAGCGUUCUCCAAUUCGAACAAUAAAGAAGUAGGGAUCGACAAAAAUCAAUUACACUUUUUUAAUUUUGCGAAUAAAUAUUUAUUAUUAUCUUUGUA